AUAUCGCCGUUUGGCUGAUACGGAAUACCGUCGGCCUGGCAGUCGUUCGUAUGGCGGCCGGACGAGGACCGAACGCGGUCGUUCUCCGCGUUAACACGCAUUGCAAAACGUGGGAUAAAUAAGCGAGAGAAUGGUACAAUCAUGAUUCAAGCUGGAAACGACUCUGAGGAGAGUUCAGCAGCUCGAAUGUCCUGUAUACUGCAUUGUAUACAACGGUGACACAGCUGCACCCACAUAGAUCACAGCCAUGGAUAUACAGAAGAAAUUCCUGUGCCCCCGUUUGGUGGAUUACCUUGCCAUCGUGGGGGCCAGGAUACCCGCCUCUCGUCAGCCCGUACAGGUCCCGGAGUUGCUACGUAGAUAUCCGGUGGAGGAUCACAAGGACUUUCCUCUGCCUCUGGAUAUGGUGUAUUUCUGUCAACCGGAAGGUUGCAGUAGCGUGGGACCGAAGCGCACGGCCUUACGAGAGGCGACGUCCUUCACCUUCACCCUCACCGAUAAAGAUUCAGGAAGGACGCGUUAUGGGAUCUGCGUGAAUUUCUACCGACCUACGGAAAGAGCGGGGGUCGUGGCUGGCGGGGGAAUUUCGAUCAAGAGGGAAAAGUACAACACCACGUUUCGCAGGGAAAGCUGGAGGAAGAGCAUGGAGAGAAGCACGGAUUCCGCCUUUUCUAGCGACUAUAGGAGCAGUGCAGUGGGUCCUAGUGAUUCUGAGAGAGAUUGCUCUAGUGGCAGGAGGGAUUCGGACACCCCUCAGGUACCCCACGCUCCGAGAUUGGAAUUCAUCGCACCGAGCGGAGACAGCGAGAGCGGCGGCAGUCAUUCCCCUUCACCACGCGCAUCUCGGAGACGUCAGAGGGUUCGCAAUCAUUCCUUGACUUCGCUGUGCAUCAUCUCGCAUCAUCCGUUCUUCUCGAUGUUCCGUGAGUGUCUUUUCGUUCUGAAGAAGAUCAUCGACGCGUGCAACGAGAGCUUCUCGCCGCAGAAGGUGGGAGCAUCUCGACAGACCAACAGAGACACAGUAUGGAGCGUUCUGACGGGCCAGGCUCUGGGCGACACGCCGUCCAUCGUGCUUCACGACGUUCGCGAGAUCGAGACGUGGAUACUGCGUUUGCUCAGCAGCCCCGUGCCCGUCCCGGCGAAGACGCGUGUCGAGAUUGAGAUAAUAUCGUCGAGCAUACAGCCCCCGUUAUGUUUCGCCCUGCCGGACCAUACCAGGUUCACUCUGGUCGAUUUCCCUCUGCACCUGCCGUUGGAGCUUCUCGGCGUUGACAUAUGUCUGAAGGUCCUCACGCUGAUCCUCUUGGAGAACAAGAUCGUACUUCAGUCCCGGGAUUACAACGCUCUGUCCAUGUCGGUCAUGGCGUUCGUCACGAUGAUCUACCCGCUGGAGUACAUGUUUCCCGCGAUACCCUUGCUUCCCACGUGCAUGAGCUGCGCGGAACAGUUGCUUCUCGCCCCGACGCCCUUCGUGAUCGGGAUCCCCGCGUCCUUCCUACUGUACAAGAAGAACUUCAAGAUGCCCGAUGAUAUCUGGCUGGUGGACUUGGAUAGCAAUAAGAUAACGGCGCCGAGCGCUUUGUGCGAUGACGGUUUGCCGCCGUUACCGGAACCAGAGGGUACCAUCCUGAAGAAUCAUCUGAAGCAGGCAAUGCAACUGAUGGAUCAAGUUGGCUCUAGUGCGAUGGCCAGUAUGGCAGGCCCUCCUUUGCCCUCGCAAGACAUCUCGAUGCGUCUGUCAUUUCAGACGCCGAGCAGAAGAGAAAGCACAGCCUCCCAUCUUUCCAGCUUAAGUGUAACCUCGACGAAGCACAGGCCGAGCAUCGAUCAGUGCGCGCACGUUCAGCACGCCCCAUUGAAUUCGCCUGGCAUGAGCGCUUCAUCGAGUCCACCUCGUCGGCCGUCGACGUCGCAGAUGAUGAGUGGAUCCGGACCGGUCGGCCCGUAUCCGCCGAAGGUGGCUGGGCAGAGCCCGGCGCCCUUCAAUCCCUUCAUCUACGGGAACGACGUGGAUUCGGUGGACAUUGCCACGCGGGUCGCCAUGGUGCGCUUCUUCAACUCGCAGAACCUGCUAGCCAAUUUCACCGAGCACACGCGCACCCUGCGGCUGUACCCCCGGCCGGUGGUGGCCUUCCAGAUCAACUCGUUCCUUCGCUCGCGACCCAGAAAGAGCAGCUUCCUCAGUAAAUUCGCGCGCACGCAGGCGGUCGAGUUCCUGGCCGAGUGGUCCCUCACGCCGAGCAACGUGGCCUUCCUCCGGGUGCAGACCGGGGUGUUCGACCCCGCGCAGAUCGGCGACAAGUCGCGCUGGUACGCGACCAAUCUCGAGCCGAUCUACUUUCCCGUCUGGGACUCCGGUAGCUCGCUGGCGAACGCCCUGAAGGCGAUGAGGGAACACGAGACUCAGCCUACAGACGAGAGCGGCUCCGAUUCCGAGGGUGCCGAGAGCACCAGCUCCUCUUACUCCUCCCUGAGCGACUUCGUCUCCGAGAUGGCAUCCUCCGAUUUGUCGCCGGGUUACAAUUGCCCGCAAGUGAGCCAGCCCCAACAAAUGUCGCUCUCGGUGGAUCCGAAGAACGUUUACAAUCCACCGAGUUCCCUGCAAUAUCCGGGGGUGGAGGAGGGCUCGCCAGUACGAGCCGAGAGUCCGCCGAGCACGUCUUCUAGUCACAGCGAUCUCAGCAGCCCGAGCUUUAACAGGGACUCCGAGCUCGAGUUGAAUCCGAAAAUUCACGAGGGUUCGCAGUCUACUAACGAUAAAGAGGAGGGUGGUAGCUUUGAGUCAGACUCCGCGUCGACAAUAACACCGCGCACUAUCCUGAGCGCACAAGGUUCGGUAGGACAGUUCACGGGGAUAAGCAUGGGAUCUUUAGGCACUCAGUCCUCGCUCAACGACACUGAACGUUCUACCACACCUCACAGGACCUCGCGUAUCAGUAGAUAUGUCACUCCUGUACCACCCACGGGACCAGGUCUGCAACGUCAGCCGAGCGUCGGCAACGUCCUGGCGAGGGCCUCCAGCUUCAACACCGCCGGGCCUCUCCUGCCGCGGCAGAUAAGCGCGGUCACCACGGCCGACCAUCAUCACGAAGCGACGCAACUUCAGCGUCAGGCAUCGGCGGGGCCGGUGAUCAUGCAGAAAUCCAGCAAUGACAACAACACGAUGCAACGACAGAACAGCGGCGGUUCCACCUCGACCGGAAACGGUGUUCUCCGCCAGGGCUCGCAGGGAUCUCUGUUCGAGCAGAUUGCAAGCCAGGCGAAGGACUUGAUGCGCGAGACCACCAGACAGAGCAGCCAGGACGGGAUACUUGCACACAUGGACAAGUUGAAGCAUCAGGCAAAAGAAAAAAUUACGGAGGCAAGUGAGGACAGUCUAUUCGCGCCGUUGGAGCAGUUGACGCAACAAACGAAGAAAGCGGUGGGCGAAGCCACCAAGUCGGUGCAAGAGGUGUCGAAGACCGCGCUGGAGGCUAGCAAAACCGCGGCGGGCGUCAGCAAAAACACGUUGGACGAUCUGACGUACGUCGGCAAGAGCACGUUGGGAGACCUGACGAAAAGUGCCAAAGAAGCCGCCGCGAAGAAAGGCUUGCUCAAGGGUCUCGGAGACUCGCAACAAUCACCAACACACUCGCCGCAAUCUCCCAAUAUGACGCAGCAGCGGAAGGAUUCAGUCAGCAAUCAGUUAGUCGCGUCUGAUUCGCGGGGCGGGGUCGGACGGGACUUUUUCAGCAAUAUUAGCAGCGAUCUGAACGGCUUCGCCGCGCAGACCAGCAGUAUGUUCAGUGAUUUAUUCGGUAGUAAAAAUAAUUCCAAUCGAGGCAGUAGCUUCUUUCCGCAAAAUCAGAAAUCGAAAGAGAAGACUAAUCCGAUUCUUGGACCGUUUCCCAAAGUUGCAGGAAAAACGGGAUUGGUAGAACGUUCCUCGUUGAUAAAACAUUCUUCACACAAAGUCAAUCAAGAAGACGCGCAGAGAAUGCAAAAUGCGGAACGUUCCAGCACGCAUAGCGACAAUCAAGCCUUUUUAAAUGACGUGGUGACGCAAGUAUUAACUGGCGAAGGCGUUGGUUGGCUCAAAUUGAACAGAUUAAAGAAGCUGAUGGAGGACGAGAAUUAUCGGGAUUUGGUCGUGACGAAGCUGAACAAGGGUCUUAAUAGGAAGAUUAGUCCGAACGAUCACAUUGACGAUGUGCCCAUAUCGAAACCCGUGUAUAAGGGAAUGUUAAAGUGCCUUCAAGCAGUAACGCACGGUCUCGCGCAUACGUAUAAUAAUUUUGGACUUGGCGGGAUGGCUUCUGUCUUCCAACUGAUGGAAAUCGCUCACACGCAUUACUGGAGCAAGGAUCUGUCCGAAGGUAGCGGCUUCGACAGCUCUUUGAUAUCGCAGGCGUCUAGCCCAUUCGGUAGCAGAGAAAAUCUGAAAUCUCCGCAAUCUCCGAAUCAGCCUGACUUUAUGGAUCCCACGCAAAAAUCGGAAGUGCCGCAAGUACAUUUGGACGCACCACCGGACACAGGCCAAUCAACGACGGACAUGUUCUUAGACAUGUUCACGAAGAAAGGGAAAUUCUUAAGCAGACUCACCUCGUUCGACUCGGAGAGUGGGCGGGGUGGUGGAACGGGGAGCAGCGAAGCUUUAUCCACUGACGGAGGUAGCAUUAUCACUAAUCCUGCUUUUCGGCAAGCGCACCAAGCUUCCUUCCGAAGCACCGUGUCUGAUAGCGAGGUCGAGCAAGGCAAUUUUCCUCGGCAGGGCAAGCAGCGUUCCGGCAGCGUCUGGUCCAGCAAGUCGUCCCUGAGCACCGGAUUCCGAUAUCACGGCGGAAGUUUGAUACCUACGACGACGUUACCUAGUCCGGAGACUGCGAGAACGUAUCUCUUUGAAGGUUUAUUGGGGAAGGACAGAUCGUCUCUGUGGGAUGAAAUGCAAUUCUGGGAGGACGCCUUCUUGGAUGCCGUCUCACAGGAACGCGACAUGAUGGGCAUGGAUCAGGGACCCGGUGAAAUGGUAGAGAGAUACAAGAGCUUAAGUGAAAGCGAAAGACGGCGGUUGGAGCACGAGGAGGACAGGCUGCUGUGCACGUUGCUGCACAAUCUCACCGCCGUCCUGGUGAUGCUGAACGUCGAAAAGAACGAGCUGAAGCGGAAGGUGCGCAGACUGCUGGGCAAGAGUCACAUCGGUCUCAUCUACAGCCAGGAACUGAAUCUACUCCUCGACCAAAUAAACAAUCUCCACGGAAACGACAUCGAUCUGAAGCCCCUGACGUCCCGGCAAAUGCACCGGCAGUCGUUCACCGUGCACUCGGGGGUCGACGCCGAGGGUGACCUGCGGUUCCUCGAGGUCCGCCACGACGGCCUCGUGCUGAGAUCGGUGAACGGCGUGAUAGUCGAGCGCUGGUGGUACGAGCGCGUGGUCAACAUGACCUACAGCCCGAAGAAUAAAGUUCUGUGCUUGUGGAGGAGGAGCGGCGGCGAUACCGAGUUACACAAGUAUUACACUAAGAAGUGUAAGGACGUGUACUAUUGCAUUAAGGACGCAAUGGAGAAGGCGGCAGCUCGCGGGCGAGGCGCGAACGUGGGCUACGAGCUCGGCGGCGAGUUUCCGGUGCAGGAUAUGCGAACGGGCGAGGGCGGGCUUCUGCAGGUCUGCAUGGAGGGCGUCGGUCUCCUCUUCGCGAACAGCAAGGAUUUCGAGUUUUUUGUAAGACUCGAUCAUAUCCGCAAGUGCUUUACUCAAAAGGAUGGAAUCUUUGUUUUGGAAGAAUUCAAUCCUAAAACUAGACAAGUAAUUCAACGUAAAUAUAAGUCGCAAAUGGCAUCUGAUAUCUGUUACGCUGUCCUAUGCGUAUUUUCUUAUGUGGCGGCUGGCUCCGAGCAACGAAAACAACAGGGCCAACAGCAACAGCAGCAGUCUCAGUCGCAACAGCAAUUGCAACAGCAUACCCUGCAUCCGCAUCAACAGCGCCAGCACCAACAGCAGCAACAGCAGCAACAGCAGCAGCAGCAGCAGCAGCAACAAAGCCGUUAUCCCUAUCAGCAGCACAGGCAGGAGCAAUCACAACCGAGCAAUGUAACACCGCACAGAAACACGCAGUUGGAUCCUCGCCAACACUGACACAGGCAACGACACUCGCUUCCCUUCGUUAGCAUCCACGACAAGAAUAGUUGCGCCCCUUACACCUGCCUACCCUGGGUAUAAGUGUGUUAUCUCUUUUCCAAGAGAGUAUUUCAUUUAAGGAUUCAUGAAACAUAUAUGGGCAAGGUGACAGUUUUCCCGUUUUCGUUUGAUUUCUCUCUCUCUCUUCAGAUUCGCCAACGUUCUUUCCUCUUCCGCGGGGAUAAAAUUAUUGCAAAAAGUUGUAACGAAAAUACGAAAAAAAAGGAAAAAUUGAUAUAAUUGAUCUAAUCGAUAUAUCCCUUGUAGCUUAAUUCGUUAAUAUUGGAUUUUUGCGGCGCGAGUUUUUAUUACGUAUUAUAGUCCUGCGUCGAUGUGAUAGCUGUGGUAUUCUUGUAUUCGUCCGUGCACGUGGAUAUACACCACGUGCACGCGUCACCUAAAGCAAUUAAAUACAAUAAUUAUUCGUAAUUGGCGGUACGAUUUUAUAUAUGAAUACGACAAAAGAGGAGAAAGAGAGAUUGUGUUCGUCCGCGAUUCGGAAGAGUAUAAUAAAAGAUUUAUUUUAGCUCGUGUAUAGUCGGAAUAAGCGGUCGACGAACGCCAAAUUGCGAUGAAUCCUCACGUUGACUUUCAAUGUCAUCUUUCACUCGCGUCUCUUUACUCCUGUCGUCUUUUAGCAUGCACUCGAUCCUCUUUCGCGACGAAACAAUGAUGCGUAGAUAACGACAGGUAGUUUUCUCUAUUCGUUCGCUGUAUCUCUCUUUUCUUUUCUGAUCGCCUAUAAUCGAGUCUAAUCGGCGAUGAUUUCUACGUGUUUCGUUCUGCAUACAGCGUGUACGUGAGAUGUUAGCAAAAAAAAAACCUGUUGUGUGUAGGAUGUGUAGAAAAAUGUGUGCUGUCUCGAUGUCUCGAGUGAAUGUACGGUGGUCAUUGGUUUGUACGGUUUCAAAUGCGGAAAAAAGAAGGAUCUCUCGAUAGCUCGUAGAGCGUUCGUUAGGGUACAUGUAAUGUUCCCAAAAAUAAAAAAAAAAUAGACAUUAUAUAUGAUAUAAUGUACAAUAAUGAUAUAACUGUACAGUACUAAGGAAACACGUGAGACAACAUCUCUGAAACGCUGUGAAAAUUCGCAUCCUCUGCGUUUUCGUAUACAACUCGUGCGAAGUUUAGUUUAGGCGCGCGUAUAAUUAUCAUAUAUAAAUUUAGUUAGGCACGGAGACAGAGCGGAGACACACAACGAGAUCGCGAUUUCAAAUACCGGGUAAUCGGAAUUGGCACUAAUAUAAGUGCAAUGUCUCUCUCUCACGGAAAUUGUACUUUAUUUUUUAUUUCGUAAUUUCUCCCUUGCCGCCGUCAUAUUUCCCCGAUAUCCGAUCAUCGUUAAAUACACGUCGCGUAAAGUAAGUAUAGACGAACAACAAUGACCAGCUUAGGGAAGAAGGUGUAAACUUUAGUCGCGAACUCAGCGUAAAGUAAAACGUAGCGUACGUGUCACUACACGAGAAGAAAUGAUAUAUUUUCUUGCAACGUUUAAGAGGCGUAUAGAUAUUUGUAAAAAAAAAAGGAUAUAGGAUUUGUAAAUAUAACAAUUGGCGGUGUAGUAAGCGGCACGGAGAGAGCACAGGCGUGAAGCAACACACGGCCCCUUUUUAUUUCUCGUCUUUUAAUACGACUAUACAUGUUAGAGCUCGUUCGUCGGUUGAGUUAGGGAGUGGUGCAGCGUUUUUUAAAAGUGAGAGAAAGAGGGAGGACACGUUCUCUUCUAAACAUCUAAAGAAAAUAAGAAAAAAGGAAAAUAAAAAUUAAGAAAAAAAAAAUAAAAAGAAGACAUACACACGCGAUCCUUUGUACCAAGUUUGUCUGCCUAAAUCCCGAUGUUUAGAAGUUCGACACGGUCGAUCGAUCAUUAUCAUUUCGAGAUAUAUCACGGUUAUGCGAUAAAGAAAACUUUAGACCUCUAGGAGAGAAAUUAAUACCUCGCAUUGUAUAGUACUCAUCCAUGUAGACGCCUUACGCCCAAAAUAUACUUGUAGCCAAAUCGGAA